GAUUGCCCAAAGCACUGUUACUUCAUAAACAAGGGCUCAGAAAAAGCAGAUUUAGCAGGAGCCUUGGUCAGUAAAAUCCCAUUUACCCAUCCGAAGUGUGUGCCUGGCCUAAUAGAGGUUCUUCGACAUCAGAUGGCAUAUAACACUCUUAUUAGCAGCUGUGUCUCCGAGAAGCACAUAAAUGAAGAUGACUCAGAACUGCUUUACUUUGAAGUCGCACCACAAAAGAACACCAGCGUUUCUGUUUCAUUUCCUCAUCCCAUGAAAGACAAUUUAGCUUGUGUGGUAAUUAAUGUCAUAACCUCCAGAGAAAUCCAAUGUAGUCUUCACUUACAUCCUCAAGAUCCAACUCUAAAUUCGAGUGAUGACUUUAUAUCAAGAGCUGUGAAGCGUUGUAUGUCAAUCCCAGUUGUCAUGAGAGCAAUCUUCAGGAACGCUGCCAAGGGGGGAGCAGGAAGCAAAACAGAAGAUAAGGAUGUAGACACAGAACAGAGACCUGCAUCGCCCUGCGAACUAAUUCCAGGCCCUAAUGGUCUCAAAGAGACUCCUUCUGGGGCUGGUCUGCAAGAUCUAGUAGCGAGAGAGAAGCAAAGUGCUCAAGGGGGCACAGACGAACGCCUUUCCACAGCUGAUCUGUAAACCCUGGGUGAUAGCACAGACGAGCACCUCUAGAGUGAACACACAAACUUCAUGCAGUGCGCUAGAAGGUAAUUACUCAGCUCAUACAGAAGCUGAGAUGGCAGAUGCCAAGUGAAAUACAAUCUUCGCCAGUUGCUUGAUGAUCAAACAAGAAAGAAAUACUCUCUCA